UCGGAAUGAUCGAUAAUAGAGCGUAGGUGCGGAGAAGGCCUAUUUAUGACGUAUUUUUACGGUACAAGAACUUCGAACAAUAACACAAUAUUUCGUACUCAUUAUUAUUCUAAUAAUUACAAAGCUUUCGGUUGGAUGACUUUUCGGUUAUAGUGUUGUCGUCAAUAAAAAAUACUUCGAUGGCGAUCGAAACUCCCUUAGAACCUGGCUAAAACGCAAGGUUGUUUGACAUGCUUGUAACUUGGUGUUUGAGUGAUUGGGAUUUCAUCAGAGAGUGACAAAAAGUAGUGUAAAAUAUGAAGAAAAGCACGGGACGACCUGCUCAAGUUGUGCUUAAUCGACAACAACACAAGACAUUAAAUAAUAAGCAAGUGACUGUGAAAAGCCGCAAAGAACAAGGCAAAAGUAAUGUUAAUCCGAAAAAGCUUACCAAAUUGAAAAGCAAAGUGAACUUAGGUCGCACUAAUAAUGUUCAGCUGGGAAAGGAUAACCUCGCCAUGAGCGAUGUUUCAACAGAUUCAGAAAAUUCAUCUGAUGAGGGUCUACAGGAAAGGGAGAAAGUUCUUACUAUUGACUGUGGUAAUUCUGGCGUUUUAGGCGACAUUGGUUUUGAGUUGAUGGGUGGACGUACAUAUGAUGACGAUGACUACGAUGACCCUGGUAUCUACGUCCAGGAUGUCACUGAAGGUCAUGACGUCGCCAGGAUAAUUGAGGCUGGUGACCAGGUCAUCAGGAUCGCUGGACAUUCUGUUCUUGAUGUACCACUUCAUCACGCUUUGAAUCUCAUACGAGCAGCGAAUUCAAGAGUUGUUAUCAAUAUCUUGAAACAUCCAGAAAACAAGUUGGGUCCGGAACUUCCACAAGAUUCAGAUGACGAUAGCGGCCCAGCAACUUCAAUACAAGGAGACGACUUUGAAGAAAUUAAUGAAAACGAAAGCGACGAAUUAGAUGGAAGGGUCACCCCUAACGUUGACAUGGGCUUAGGAGGGGGGUUAUUUUUAGCCUCUUUAGCUGUAGCAAAUUUGGAAUUCCAGCAAGGAUCAAGACAAGGGUCAAUGUCGGCACUUGGAUCAGUAAAACCGGGCUCAAAAGCUGGCUCAAUUGCUGGAUCAAGUCGGGUAAAUUCAUUAUCAGCAGGAGCAUCAAGGAUUGGAUCAACAGUAGGAUCUCUAGCAGGUUCAAAGCUCGACUUAAAGCAAGGAUCAAUAGUUGGGUCCAAAAACUCAACCCUCACAAGAGGGGUUAAUGCGAGUUCAUCUGCGGUGGAUGAAACAGAUGGCGGAGAGGAAGUCGAAGUGGGUUUCUUCAGUGGAAGACCAGGUCAACUAGAUGACCUAGACUUUGAUUAUGCUGGUGGAAGAGAUGCACCAUUUGUUUCACGUAAUGGUGGGAUUUUCAUUACGAAAGUUAAAUUUGGAAGCGUUCUAGAGGAACAGGUAGCUCCUGGAGAUAAGAUUAUAAAGUUGGAUGGGAUCGACGUGACAAAUGUACCACAGUAUGCUUUUAUUAAUCUAAUUCGUGCUUCACAUGGUAAAGCUACAAUGAUAGUACGCAAAGCAAACAAGACACAGGUGAAUGCCAGCGUUUUUCAAGAUGAUCUAGAGGUUUGCGUGAAUGCACUGGGAGCACAAGAUGAGCUCAUCAUAGAAAUUAAAACAGGCCCCAAAGGUCGUCGCGGUCAAAUUGGUUUCAAGAUCACUGGCGGUCGUGACAAACCGUGUAAGCCUGGUGAUCCUGGAGUUUUUAUCAAAAGUGUUAAACCUGGAUCAAAAUUAGAGAAAAUAUUGAAGCCUGGUGACAAAUUACUGAAGGUUGACGGCAAGAAUGUAACACAAGCAACACAAGGACAGGUCUUGGAUUUGAUAAGAAAUGCUGACAUCCGGGUACUACUGCACAUCAAAAGACCCGUAUUUGAGGAAGAUGAGGAACGAAGAAAGCAAAGAACGAUAAGUGAAAUAUUUGAUGCCGCACAAGUACAAGAGUUUCUUGCAGCAUUUGAGUUGUACAGCAGUCCCCUCACUAAAAAGAUGCGUCUCUCUGACCUUCGAAAGCUUUGUCGAGCUUUGGGGUUUAACUUGACUUCACAGGACAUUGAAGCUAUGAUUACAAAAUAUAAACAUGAAAAUGUUGAUGCAGCACACUUCAUCACAUUCCCCGAGUUCCUUAAAAUGAUCACCGAGUUCUCCAUGUACCUUCAAAAAGACGCCGAUAUAAUGGAAGCAUUUGAGAUAUUUGAUCGUGAGAGGUCUGGGUUCUUCUUACUGGAAGAUUUAAAAUACGCUUUCCAAUGCAUGCCGGGAUAUUCCUCUUUAGACGACGAAGAAAUCCAAGAAAUUAUGAAAAUAGCUGACUCGAAUGGGGAUGGAAAAGUGUACUAUCAAGAUUUUAAAGAUCUCGUUCUUCCAAUUUUUCACAAAUACUAAUUUAUCACUAAAAAAAAGAAAUGUAGAUAUUUUUUUUGCUAUUAUUUUAUGCUCAUAAUUAGCCUCAAAGUUCUGUAAAAUAAGAGAUAUUUAUACUACUCUUAUUGGCUCAAUACAUUUGCACAGAUAAAAUGUAAAUAUAACAUUUUCUAAGAGAAAUAAAACUGU